AUGACAGAUGCAACUACACUUGUCCUUGAGCCUACAAUCUUGGAGGUGAUUUGUGAGUUCCUCAGAUCAAACGAUAUGGUCGCAUGUAGUCAAGUUUCCAAAGUCUGGAACACCAACUUUACGCCGCACUUGUGGCACACCAUCGAUUUUGCGGCCCGACCAAGCUUCAAAGAGUUGCAUCCACAAACUGUGGCUAAAAAUGGACAUCACAUCCGCAAAGUGAAAAAUAUCACCAAAAGAUCAGAGCUCAACUUACUCCAGACCGACAGCGUCAGUCGUUUACAACAGCUCCAUAUCAGAACAAAGCCAAGGAAUGGCUAUCAUCAGCACGCACUUGAGCUCAUCCGGCGAAACCUACGCACACUUAUCACACUGGAGAUCGAAGGCAGUAAAUCUUUGACUGGCCAUGAAACACUUGCGCUAGAGGAAGCACUCAUCGAGAAUGAGUCUCAAGGUUCUUUAACCACAACUGUCGCUAGCUUUGCUACUACCACCAUUUCAGACCUUCGAAUAAGACGCCUUAACAUGACCCGGAGCUCAUUUUCCAAGGUCCUUUUUAGAUGUCCCAAUCUUAAUGAAGUACAAAUCCUUGACUGCAACAUCUUGCCUGAAGAAAACCAGGAAUUAUUUCAACAUAACGGUGUCACUAGUAUUUUCAUGUCACUAACCCGUGUGCUCUGGCCUGAUUCUAACAGAGUGGAAUCUAAUCCUCUGUUGGUACAUUUCCCGAAUCUGGUGUACUGGGACAUCCGAGGUUUUGAGAUUGAUUUGAAUGAUUCAAAUGCAGCACUCCUCCGAAGUGUAGUCAAAAAGUACAGCCCGAAUAUCAAACAAUAUGACAUGCGGAACGCUAAUGGGACCAUGGUUCAUGACUUGGCCGCCAAGGUGUUCACGAAUAUGCAGUAUCUAUGCUUUCGAUAUAAAAAAAUCAAUUCAAACUUCAUUCUUGGCCUGAUCCGUAACCAGUCAACAUUAACAGUCAUCCGAGCCGACAAUCCCAAAGUCGCAAAUUGGAGCUACAAUUCAGAUAACGUCUUUUUUGUGAACGACACGUUUCACGAAGGAUGGAUGAUACACUUGAUGAUGUCGAGAUGUCCCAACCUGACAUUUGUAGAUCUUCCAUGCCAUGAGAUGGAUAUUCAUUUGGUCGAUCGGAUCCCAUGGAAUUGCAACAGCCUGAGACGUCUUCGAGUUCGGAUCAAAGGAUUGGAUACAAAAGAAUUGAUUAUGGCUGCAAUCAAGAAAUGGGCUCAAGGCCAUUAUACCAAAAAACGGGCAGCAGCAGCGGCAGCAGCAGCAGCAGCAGUCGCGGCAACCGCAGCAACCGCAGUGGUUAAAGAAUCCAUUGAGAGUAAGGAUACUGAAACACUGUCAACGACAACAGAGAUGAUGAGUGAUGAAGAAUCCAAGAAACAUGAAGCUAAAGCUACAGUACCUUCAGUCGCUGGAAAUGACUUUAGACCUGGUUCUAUGCUCCUAGACACGACAUCAGCAAUAGCCACAACAACAACAAUGACUUCUGCUAAUAUGGUGAAUGCUAUUGCCGCUUCAACAAACGAUGGAUUACAGGCAUUGGGCUCCCAUCCAAUUGUAAACAAGGUUGCCACUCAUCUAUUAAAGUUUGAACUUCUGGAAGAAGUCUGGCUAGGUUAUGGGAUUUGGAAGGUGUAA